CAAAACCAAAACAAAGAGAUCUGGAGACGGAGUGAUGCUGACAAUUUCUAAAAUAGCAAAAAUUGUAUGAAACUGUAUCUGUAGAUGUUAAAUUUGAAAUGGAUUUAUCAUUUAAAAGAAACAAUGAAGUAGAAGAGAAGGAGGAGACAACUCGGAUCAACACCGAAUUCACUUCAGUUGAACACUUAGAUGUCGACAUAGGAAACGUAAAUGAAAAAGCAGAAAAGGCAGAAACUGAGAUAUGUGAGAACCAAGUGAAAAUUCCACUUGAAAAUGAAUCAAGAGAACCUUCCCAAGAAUUACCAGAAGACUUGAGUACAGGUGGUGAUAAAUCUAAGGAAGGAGAAAUUAAGGAAAAAUUGUGCUCAGAUUUGGACUAUUGUGAAAUGGCAGAUUCAAGGGGGAAAGUUGAGAUUGAAAAAGAAGAACAAGUAGAACUGGAAGAUUUGGAUUAUAGUGAAAUGACAGAUUCAAGGGGGAAAGUUGAGAUUGAAAAAGAAGAACAAGUAGAACUGGAAAGGAAAUUCGAAAAUGUGGUAGAUGAUGCAUCUGAGAGUUUGAAAGCAGAUGAUGAAAACAGUAUUCAAGAAAAGAAGGAAGAGGAAAAUGAAAAGGAGGAAAAAGAUAAUGAGAAAGAAUGUGUUCAGAAAAAUGUGCAGGAAGAAGAUAGUGUUGAGGAAGUGAAAAAUUUAACGAAAGAAAUGAUAACAAAUGGUGACAAAGAAAGGGAAAAUGAAACAACUGAAGAGAAGAUUGAACAAAUGGAAGAAGAAUUUGAAGAGGUUGAAGAGGAAGAAGAAAGCAUUUCUAUGCCUCCUGAGAAUUUGUUUGAGUAUCAGUGGCCACCUGAUAGAAUGGGAGAAUGGUACUUUGUACAGGAACAGAUUUCUGAAUAUCUUGGUGUGACAUCUUUCAAAAGGAAAUAUCCAGAUCUUGAACGACGUGUGAUGGACAUGAAGGAAAAGGAUUUCUUACGAGAGCGUGGAGUGGUAACUGAGGAACAGGUCACUUUGGGCCUCACAGCUUUGAAAUCAGAAGAUGUAUAUGACCUUAUGGUGAAGGACUAUAACAAGAAAUACACAGAUUAUCUAAAAGUUUUACAAGAAAAGGAACGACAAAAUAUUAGCAACAAACAUAAAGAAUAUGAGGCUCCAACUGUAGAUACAGGAAAAGUCAAGGAGUACACACAACGAGCAGUAAAACAAGCUGCAGAAUACAAUGCAUCGUUAAUGCGAGAACGCAGGGAAGAAAGGCAAUACUUUCUAGACGUACAGACAAUGGUUGUUCAAGUUUCCAAAAACAAAGUCAAGCAAAUAAAGAAAGGAUCAACCAAAGUGGAUGGAUAUCCUGUCGCCCUGAUACCAGGCCAGUUUCAAAACUUUUACCGAAAAUAUACACCAGAAGAGCUUAACUACUUCCCAUUACAGACUGCACUCUACGGACCAGUAGAAUUGCAAGACCAGCGUAGGCUAGGACAACCCGGCUGGGAAGACGAGGAGGAACCAAUAUCAGAUUUCAGUGAACCGGGCUCUCCGGAUCAUGCAUCAGCCAUUCCAACAACCAACAUUCCCCCACCUGCUAUAUCUAUGGAUCAGCUAGAAACUUCUCAGAAAGAACAGCAACAAAUUCUGCUUUCUUACAAGAUGGAGUCAGCAGACAACAGAAUGAAUGCAUUUCAGCCAAAAGAAAUUGAUGAUGCGAUUUGUGGAAUAUGUCUGAAGGACAAAUCAUGCAACAAGUUUAAUCUGCCUGAGGAGCUUAUACAUUGCGCACAGUGUGAUAAUAGCGGUCAUCCCAGCUGUCUAGAGAUGAAUAAUGAACUGGUGGAUGUGAUAAAGACGUACCCAUGGCAGUGUAUGGAGUGUAAGACCUGCUUCUGCUGCGGACAGCCUACCGAUGAGGAUAAAAUGAUGUUCUGCGAUGACUGUGAUCGAGGCUACCACACAUUCUGCGUUGGCCUUCAGGAGAUCCCCACUGGAAAAUGGGCGUGUCCUAGCUGUCUUGCAACCCAGGCCAAAGAAAAGGAGCUUGCAGCGGCAGCUGCAGCGGCGGCAGCAGUACCAACCCCUGAACCCGUGAUGGCGAGCACUCCGUCUGCAACGCCACCACCUUCCAAGCGGAGAAGAUCAGCAAAGAAACGAGACCUUUGAACUUUGCAUAUUCUAAUUAAACUUCUGAUCCAAAUAAACUAUGUAUUGUAUUACCAAGACAGAUGAACUUUUUUAUUUACUUUGAACUCUGUUUGGUUAUCUGGAUAUCUUAAUUUUGACUCAUAAAGCCACAUGAUUCUGUUACCAAAUAUGUAUUUUGAUACAUGUUCGAAAUCGACCAUGGUCAUCUAUCUUUUUUUUAUAUAGAGCAUGGUACAGUGGUAAGGCUUUCAGCUUGCAAUCAAAAGAUUGCAAGUUCGAGUCAGUUGGAAGUCACUUUAUCUUGUUCUUGGUACUUUAUUAUCUAUGAUACAUUCAAGAGUAUAAACUGGGUACCUGGUAGCAAUUGAAUAAUUUGGAAUUAAAUGUGUGUGGUGCAAAAUUAGCUGCACUUCUCAAGGAGCAUGGGAAGUUUGACACUUGUACGAUCCUUUAUUCAAUGACCUGCAAAACAACUGUGAAGUCAGUGGCUGUGUCUGAGCAUUGCAGCUAAUCACUGAGAUGGAAAGCUCAGGAUAAUUACAUUUCAAUGUAAUUACUAGGUUAUUUAAGGACUCAUAGUAAAUUAUUACAACAAACGGGACACAUAACUAAAUGAACCCUUGAAAACACAUUUUUAUAAUACUUUUAUUCCGAUUUUAUUUAUGUGCGAGAUGGAUCGUAAAUAAAUAUACACUCAAACCAUAA